AUCAUCCUUUUUUUAAUCCUCGAGUUCUGACAAAAACAGUGUUAGGUUUCGUUUAAGGCCUUAAGCCAUCCGCCCAAGGGCAUUUUGUAAAAUCCAAUACGAGAGAAGAGAACAAAAGAAUCUAACGCAGACGACUUGUCGCCGGAUUGGAUAUCCAGAAAGGCUGGGGAUUGGUCCAGUGACAGGAUUUGCUGACAACAUCCAUCAAAAAUUGGUAACUGUAUACUAAUCCGGAGUGAGGUGAUGGGAUCUGAAGCACCGAAUGCUGUGACCAUUCAUGUCACUGGAUUUAAGAAGUUUCAAGGAGUUGCUGAAAAUCCAACAGAGAUCUUAGUUAAUAACCUAAAGGGCUUUGUUGAAAAAAGAGGAUUGCCUACUGGCAUUACUUUAGGGAGUUGCACUAUUCUUGAGGUUGCUGGAAAAGGUGCACUUCCAGUGCUUUACAAGAUCUUUGAAUCAGGGAUCUCAACUCACAAUGAACAAGUCUUAUGGCUUCACUUUGGGGUGAAUAGUGGGGCUUCAAAGUUUGCCAUUGAGCAGCAGGCAGUAAAUGAAGCCAGUUUCUGUUGUCCAGAUGAACUAGGAUGGCAACCUAAGCUAGUUCCAAUAGUUCCUGAAGAUGGAGGUAUCUCCCGGACGAGAGAGACUACCUGCUCCACUUGGUCAAUCUUGAAGUUCUUGAAGAAGAAAGGCUAUGAUGUCGCAAUAUCAAAUGAUGCAGGUCGUUUUGUAUGCAAUUAUGUCUACUAUCACUCUCUUCGGUUUGCUGAGCAGAAUGGCCACAAAUCUCUAUUUGUCCAUGUUCCUCUCUUCUCAAGAAUUGAUGAAGAAACUCAAAUGCAAUUUGCAGCUUCUCUUCUGGAGGCUAUUGCAUCAACAUGUUAAUAAUGUUGAUCUGUAUGAUUAAUUGAAUGUCCACGCAUGCCAGUCAUAUGGUACUGCUAUUAUAUUAACCUUGUCAAUAAGAUCAUAAAAUAAAUAUUUAAGACCUCUGCACUGCUGCUUGCUUUGUAAGGAAUUGAUUGAUCUGCUGUCAUCGCAAUUUAGCCUGUUUUGUUA